AUGGUUUCAAGUCGCGACCCGACUGAUGGCGGUUCGACUGGUGACGUGGACUGUAAAGAAACGGAAGCACUGCUGACGAGUCGGAAACAGGACGAAACAGCUGUCCAGUGCUGUCUUUUCGUUUGUUAUCACAAACAUUUCGAUCGCAUUGAAAUGCAUAGAAACAGUGGUGAAUUGACGAUCUCGGAAGCCGUCAUUGAAACGCACACAGAGCAGUCUGACGAGUGCCUGAUACCUGCUAUCAAUCGAAUGGGCUUAUUCAAGCUUCACAUUGUGAAAUCAUUCAGCCAUUGGCUCAAGGUGAUAACCGUGGUCCGUGUUGCUCACGGGUAA